UAGGGUUUAUGGAGCCUGAUGAGAUCAGUGUGGUGCUCCAACGCGCCUCGGAUCUCCACACGCGGAUCAACGAUGCCAUCGAGCGCGCGCUCAAAUCGGAGUUCCUCCUCACUGCUGGUAAGGCGCGAGAUUCCUCUGUUAGCAGCGCUGCUCGAGAUCGAGGCGAGGAGGAGGAGGAGGAGCAAGGGUCAAAUGUAGGUCUUCUCGGAGAGCCGAAUGCCGAGGCGAAGAGCCUGGGCGCUAUUCGCGAUGCGCUCGAGGCCUUGGAAGAACAGCUCGAGUGUCUCCAGGCUCUCCAGCAGCAGCAAAGGAUGGAUCGAGACACAGCGCUCGCGGAGCUGGAGGAGAGCCGAUUGAUUCUUCUCAGCCGGCUAAGAAGCCACCAUGGCAAGGAAUGGGAGAUCAUCCACGAAGCUCUGGCGUUCGCUGGAGAGCCCGUGGGGAUCGAGCAAGAGAAGUCUCCAGCGCGGAUCACGCAGGCUGGAGAGCCGAUUAGAAUCGAAGAACAGCACGGCGAUCGAGGAGAGAUCCACAAGACGUUCAUGGCGAACUUUCUCGGGAUCCCGAUCAAGCUGGGCUUGGACCUGCGAAGAUUUGCUGGCCGGCUCUUCGGCCCCGGGGUUGGAGUCACCUCUCGAGCGGCGAUGGUGAUGGCGGGUGUUCUUACCACGAUCAUCCUCUUCUCGGAGAUUGGAUCCAGGCACGAGAGAAGGAGGAGCUCGAGCGAGGCUACCACUGCUCCUCCAGUGAUCCCGACGCCAUCGCUGGCGAUUCCUCCGAGAGCUCCAGCGAUGGAGGAGCGAUGCCCUCCAGGCAAAGUGAUGAUCUUCGUGGAUGGGGUCUCCAAAUGCGUCGUCAAGGAGCGCAUCGAGAUCCCAUUUCGCGGUGAAGUGAGCUCGCCGGAUGUGCUCUACGGGCGUGGCUAGAUGAAACAGGGAUCCAUCCAGUCAACGGUGGUAAAACAUUGGCCAAUGAUAGUCAAACACAUAUAUAUUCAAGUAAAACGUUCACGA